AUGGACCGCCUUGACAAAGAUGCGAAUAUAAAGCUGGAUAUACUGGGACAACAGCCGUUCUUUCAGCAUCUGUACACCCAAAUAACGCUCGGUUUUUCAUUGAGCACUGAGACAAACAUUCAGCCCAUCAUCGACCAGCUUCAAACAGGCAUUAAACGUGCAGCAGACACCUUCCCAUGGAUAGCAGGCCAGGUUGUCAACCAUGGCGCCAGUGCGGGAAAUACUGGAACAUUCAACAUUUCUCACUUGGCAGGGGCCCCUUUCUUCACUACCAAUGACCUGCGAGACGACAGCUCAUCACCGAGCUUCGAGGCAAUGAAGAGUGCCGGUUUCCCAAUGGAAAUGCUAGAUCAGAGCGUCGUAUCCGAACGCAAAACCUUUGCAACUGACGACGGUCCCCGGGAGGUGCUGUCCGUCCACGCCGUAUUUGUCAAAGGUGGUUUGUUGCUCACCUUUGCAGCCUCCCACGCCACCAUGGAUGCUUCAGGGCAGGGACAGGUGAUUGCCAUGAUUGCGAAAGCUUGUCGUGGCGACAUAUUUUCAAGCGAGGAGAUCCGAAUCGGGAACAUGGCACGCGAAAACCUAGUGCCGCUAUUGGGUGAUGACUACACGCCAGGUCCUGAAGUAAGCAGCAGCCAGAUGUCCAAGGAGAAGAGUGAAACGGCGACCGCAGAGGACGCCACAACCACAAUCCCUCCCCCGAGUGGAAGGUGGGCCUAUUUCAACUUCAGUCCCAGUUCAUUGGCCGAUCUCAAGGACAGCGCAACAAGCACGCUUCCUGAGGACUCAACGGUGCCAUUCUUGUCCACAGACGACGCCAUAACGGCCUUUAUUUGGCAAUCCAUCACGCGUGCACGGCUUCCACGUCUCGAAAACCCGUCUGAAAAAGUCAAGCUGACCCGAGCCGUCGAUGUGCGCAAGUACUUCAACGUGCCGGCCACCUACCCUGGCCUCUUGCAAGUCCUCAACUUCCACUCUCGCGAACCACAAGAGCUUGUCCAGCCGUCUUCACUCGGAGCCGUCGCAGGAGAGAUGCGUUCCGCCCUUUUCACGACCGCCAAGACAGGCCAGGAGUGGGACUUGGUGGGCCGCACGCGGGCUCUCGCGACCAUUCUGUCCCGCUCUGCUGAUAAGUCGGGCAUUUCGCUGACCGCAUCGGUCGAUCCAUCGAAGGACGUGAUGUUGAGCUCCUGGAUGCUGCUGAAGAGCUUAUUUGAGGAUGCUGACUUUGGUCCAAGCAUCGGCAAACCAGUAAUGAUCAGGAGGCCCAGCUUCGACUUCGUCGAAGGUCUGAUUUACCUGCUCCCCGAGAUGCCAGAGGGAGGGAUUGCGCUUGCCAUCAGUCUAAGAGAUGAGGAUAUGGAGAGGUUGAGGAAGGACCAGGAUUUCAUGAAGAAAGCGACAUAUUUGGGUUAG